GAGACAGAGAGAAGGAGAGAGAGAGAGAAAGAGAGACAGAGAGAAAGUGAGAGGUAGACUGAGACAGGGAGAGAAGCGCUCGUACACAGUCAGGCAGGGUGAAGCAGAGGGAGUCAGCAUGCUGCUGCUGCUGUGUCUGGUGCUGCGCUUUGCCGGCGGAUCUCAGGGUUACGGACUCCAGGAGCGCGACCCCCCCGCGCCCCCCCACGCCGCCUGCCCUCCGCCCUGUCAGUGCCAGGAGGACGGCCUGCUGCUGCUUGUGGAUUGCUCGGAGCUGGGACUGUCCGCUGCGCCCUCCGACCUCAGCCCUCUGACCUCCUACCUGGAUCUCAGCAUGAACAACAUCAGCGAGUUGCAGCCCAACGCAUUCCAUAAUCUUCACUUCUUGGGAGAAUUGAGGCUGUCCGGAAACCACCUCAGAGACAUCCCCAAGCAGGUCUUCACGGGCCUCUACAACCUCAAAGUGCUGAUGUUACAGAACAAUCAGAUUGAGCAUCUGCCCAGCGAGGCUCCGUGGGACUUACCCAACCUGCUGUCUCUACGCCUGGACGCCAACCUGAUAUCGGAGGUCCCCGAGCGGACGUUUCUGGGCCUGCACUCCCUGAGGCACCUGUGGCUGGACGACAACGCCCUGACGGAGAUCCCCAUCCGCGCCCUCAACAACCUGCCGGCCCUGCAGGCCAUGACCCUGGCCCUCAACCGCAUCCGGCACAUCCCCGACGCUGCCUUCCGCAACCUCUCCAGCCUGGUGGUCCUCCAUCUUCAUAACAACAUGAUCCAGACACUCGGAAAGAAUUGCUUUGAAGGACUGCACAGUCUAGAGACUCUAGACCUGAACUACAAUGACCUGCAGGAGUUCCCAGUGGCUAUCAGAACCCUAGCCAAGCUUCAGGAGCUGGGAUUCCACAACAAUAACAUCAAGGCCAUUCCUGAGAGGGCCUUUGUGGGGAACCCUCUCCUGCAGACCAUUCAUUUCUAUGAGAAUCCCAUCCAGUUUGUGGGCAAAUCCGCCUUCCAGUUCUUACCCAAACUGCACACGCUGUCCCUGAACGGAGCAACGGAAAUCAGAGAAUUCCCCGAUCUCAAAGGAACCACCAGUCUGGAAAUACUGACUCUGACGAGGGCCGGACUUACCUCCCUGCCUUGGAGCCUGUGCCAACAGCUACCCAGCCUCAGAGUGCUUGAACUUUCACAUAACCAGAUAGAGGAGCUUCCCAGCUUCCAUCACUGCCAACGGCUCCAGGAAAUAGGCCUCCAGCAUAACCUGAUACGGGAGAUCGAGGCCAGCACGUUCCAGCAACUCAGCUCCCUGCGCUCGCUCGAUCUGAGUUGGAAUCGCAUUGAGACCAUACACCAUGAUGCCUUUGCUUCUCUUCAGAGCCUGGUAAAACUGGACCUAACGGAGAACCUUCUCAGCAUCCUACCUCUGCAAGGGCUUGGUGGUCUGACCCACCUCAAACUGAAGGGCAACCUGGCACUUUCAGGGGCUUUCACCGAGGAGGACUUCCCCAAGAUGAGGGUGAUAGAGAUGCCAUAUGCAUACCAGUGUUGUGUGUACGGGGCCUGCAACAACAACUACAAAGUAGCCAGCCAAUGGGAUUUGGAGCAGACAGGGAACGAGGAGGAGGAGCUUCACAAGAGGACCAUUGCCUUGUUCCCCAUCCAAGAUGAUCUGGACAUGGAGGAAUUCCAGAUGGAAGUGGAAGAUUCCAAAUUACAAACAAGUAUCCAGUGCACACCCACUCCAGGCCCUUUCAAACCCUGCGACUACAUGUUCGACAGCUGGGUGGUGCGGCUGGGCGUGUGGGCCAUCGCUCUGGUUUCCCUGGUGGGCAACAGCUUGCUGAUCGUCACCGUCUUCGCCUCGCCCGGCUACCUGUCGCCCGUCAAGUUCGUCAUCGGCUCCAUCGGCGGGGCCAACCUCCUGACAGGCCUGUGCUCGGGGACGCUGGCCCUGGUCGACGCCCUGACGUUCGGGGAGUUCUCCCGGCACGGCGCCCGCUGGGAGACGGGCCCGGGGUGCCAGGCCACCGGGUUCCUCUCGGUCUUUGCCGCCGAAGCCUCCAUUCUCUUCCUCACCCUGGCGGCGGUGCAGUGCAGCGUCUCGGUGUCCUGCGUGCGGGCCUACGGGAAGUCCCCGUCCUUUAGCAGCGUCCGGGCGGCUGCUCUCUGCUGCGUGGCCCUGUCCCUGGCGGUCGGGGCCCUGCCCCUGUUCCGGGUGGCGGAGUACGGCUCCUCGCCCCUCUGCCUGCCCUCGCCCUUGCCGGAGGGCCGGCCGUCCACCCUGGGCUUCAUGGUGGCCCUCAUCAUGAUGAACACCCUCUGCUUCCUGGUGAUCACCGGCACCUACAUCAAGCUCUACUGGGACCUGAUCAAGGGCGAGUUCGACAGCAUCUGGGACUGCGCCAUGAUCAAGCACGUGGCCUGGCUCAUCUUCACCAACUGCCUGCUCUACUGCCCCGUGGCCUUCCUGACCUUCUCGUCCCUGCUGGGCCUGUUCCCCGUGGGCGAGGAGGUCAUCAAGUCGGUCCUGCUGGUCCUCAUGCCCCUGCCAGCCAGCCUCAACCCCCUGCUCUACCUCCUCUUCAACCCCCACUUCAAGGAGGACAUCCGCCUGCUCUGGAGGAGGUGGCACUCGGCCCGGGAGGAGACGCUCGACUCCUUCGUCUCCGGGGAGACGGAGAAGAGCUCGUACGACUCCACGCAGGCCUUGGUGUCCUUCUCCGACAUGGACGCGCUCUUCGAGGGCGCCGCCCUCCCUAAGCUGGAGCCGGUGGGCUGCUCGCCCUGCGUCCCCCUCAUACCCUGCCAGCAGCAGACACCCCCCCGGAGGGAAGGCGUGUUCGCGCACAGUCCCGGCGUCCGUCUCAGGGACGAAGAACUUUUAAAAAGCGACGACCCGAACAGAACCAGCAGCAGUCCCUUUCCUUCCGGAACCUUCCAUUCGUCUUCCCUCUCGUCUCAUUUAUAAACAAAUGACUGCUUGCCUCUGAACUGAACACAGGA